CUGUCUUCGCGUUCGUUGAAAAUGGCAACCACAAUAUCAAAAAAGCGAAAAUUCGUUGGAGACGGUGUCUUCAAAGCCGAAUUAAAUGAAUUUUUAACAAGAGAAUUAUCUGAAGAUGGUUAUUCCGGCGUGGAAGUUCGAGUUACCCCAACUCGUACCGAAAUUAUCAUUAUGGCCACUAGGACAGACAGAGUAUUGGGUGAGAAAAACCGAAGAAUCCGGGAAUUGACCUCUGUAGUCCAAAAAAGAUUCAACUUCCCCGAAAAUUCCGUUGUUUUAUAUGGAGAGAAAGUAGCAAAUAGGGGUUUGUGCGCUAUUGCCCAGGCUGAAAGUCUUAGGUUCAAAUUGAUCGGGGGCUUGGCUGUCCGUAGGGCUUGCUAUGGUGUCUUAAGAUAUAUCAUGGAAUGCGGAGCUAAAGGUUGCGAAGUAGUUGUUUCUGGUAAACUCAGAGGACAAAGAGCCAAGUCCAUGAAGUUCGUAGAUGGACUCAUGAUCCACUCUGGAGACCCAUGCAAUGACUAUGUAGACACAGCAACGCGUCACGUACUAUUGAGACAGGGAGUCUUAGGUAUCAAAGUAAAAAUCAUGUUGCCAUGGGACCCCAGUGGCAAGACAGGACCGAAGAAACCUCUUCCUGACAAUGUCUCUGUGGUUGAACCCAAAGAAGAGACUUUGCCACUCUUCCCUAGCAGUGAAAUCAAAGCUGUGAAACAAGAUGUGCCAGCUAUUCCAAUAGCUGUAGCAUAAGAGGAUUAUGUUUUUUUAUAAGUUUAAAAAGAUCUAAUAAAAAUAAAAAAAAACUUGUACUGGUGUUAUUUCAUAAAAUUAUGCCCGGAAUCUCAUUGAAUAUUCUUUAUUUCAAUUUAAAAAACAUUGGUUAGAUUACACU